AUGGAUACCUCCCGUGUUUUGAGGGUCACCAAUGUAGUGCUUUUACUCACGGCUUAUCAGAUGCAUUGGUUUGAGAAGAAAUCGCAGAGGUUCCGAUUGUCCCUGCCCGGAGUGGUCAACAUAUUUGUUCUGGGUGUCUUCUAUGCUGGGUGCUUUUCCCAACAUUUCGAUUCCAAGUCGUCUCUUCUGAUAGUUCUGAAGAAUGUGUCACCAUUUAUGUUCGUACUGACCAGAACUCAGCUUUUCCUGGGAGCAAAGGUAUUCGCCUACUCCGUGUAUUCCUCGGUGAAAUCCGUGGGUGCUCUUAAUUCCCUGGUGGAAUCUCUUCCAACCAGAAAUUCUGGAUUCAGAAAAGAUGAGGUCAUAGCCUAUAUACUACUGGGUUCGACCUUUGGCACUCUCUUUUGUUUCGUGCUCUACAUAUCGUAUGAAAUGAAGUUCGAGCUGCCUCCGUUGGAAGAUGCCAUGAUCGGAUUGGCUCUAUUUCUUCCCCAUCUGAUUUUGUCAGGAUCUCUGAGACUCUACAUAGUACUGGCUUGGUUAACUCGUGGACAAUUAAAGCAAUUUAAGAACAAUGCGGAGGAGGAGUUAAGUGAUAAUUUGAUAAAAGAGGAGGAUAAUGUGGCUUCCACUUCUUUUACCAUUUCAACGAAAAGCUCCAGCGUGGCAAAUUUAGACAACCUGAAGAGGAAGCUGGAGAUUCUGGGAGCCAAUUUCCGCUUCUUCUUCCAGUCGAUUCAGCACUCUUUGAUAUUUCUUUUCGCCAUGAAUGGGAACUGUCUAUUGGGAGGGAUAUACUCCUAUACAUACUACUGGAAUACCUGGCACGUAAUCUUCGAGGAUCGCAAGCGAAGAAUCUUCUAUGCGGCAAAUGCAUCCAUAUAUGCCUGUAUUGCCAGUGAUUACAUCUGCUUAAUGUUGGUUCUGUUUAUGAUGGAGAAAGAGCGGAUGAACUUUAUUAAAUGUCUAGAUUUCUUUUUGGCCAAGCGAAAUGCAUUAUCAAAGAGAGUUCGACCCCUUGCCAAGGAUAUAACGAAAGUUCUCAAAAGAAGCUUUUAUAGCAAAUUCGACUCAAUCAUUCCUUUUAAUAUUAGUUACCUCAGUUUGAUGGUAUUCGUCCAAUUGCUAAUAAUUAUCUUGGUGGUGAUGUUCCAUUACUUGAAUGACGAAAUACUUUUGCUGAAAGAAGAGUUGAACAGCAAAGAUAAUUAA